UUCUGGGUGCCCUGACCCAAAAGAAGCCCAUGGGGCACCCCAGAUUGGCAGCCCUGCUCCUGCUUCUUCACCUGCUGCUCACUGGCCUCUCCACCUCCAGUGGGAUUGGCUGCCCCUGUCUGCCCCACUGGAACACCCGCUGUCUGCUGGCCUCCCACAUGGAUGACAGUUUCACUGGUAAACCUGCCCAUAUUCCUUGCCAUACCCACUUGGCCCUCCCAAAGCCUUGGGGUGCUUGGCUCUGUCACUGCCCCUGCUGUUUGUGCCUGCACCUGGUGUCAGUUCCUUCAGACCUUCAGUGGGGCUGGUUCCACCGCCUGGUGCAGAAAUCCAAAAAGUCUUACAUGUUCCAGUUCCGUAGGAGACGCAAGAUGCCAGCAUCUGCUCAGAGGAAGCUGCAGAGUUGCCAUUGCCUGUCCCAGAAGGGCCAUCACAUCUCCAUCCCCUCCCCAGACAUCUCCCAAAAGGGGCUGCGCUUCAAAAGAACCCAACCUUCAGAUCCAGAGGCAGUAGAAGGUCUCCCAAGACGGGACUCACAAAGGCAUAAAGGGCCUGAGUUCUCCUUUGACUUGCUGCCUGAGGCACGGGCUAUUCGAGUGAGCGUUCCCCCAGGCCCUGAGGUCAACGUGCGUCUUUGUCACCAGUGGGCACUAGAGUGCGAAGAGCUGAGCAGUUCCUUUGAUGCCCAGAAAACUGUGUCUGGGGGCCACACUGUAGACCUGCCUUAUGAAUUCCUUCUGCCCUGUCUGUGCAUUGAGGCAUCCUUCCUGCAAGAGGACACCGUGAGGCGAAAAAAAUGCCCCUUCCAGAGUUGGCCUGAAGCCUAUGGCUCAGACUUUUGGAAGUCAGUGAACUUUACUGACUACAGCCAGCACAGUCAAAUGGUCAUGGCUCCGACACUCCGCUGCCCAUUGAAGCUGGAAGCCUCCCUCUGCCGGAGGCAGGGCUGGCACACCCUCUGCGAAGACCUCCCCAAUGCCACAGCUCAAGAGUCAGAGGGGUGGUAUGUUUUGGAGAAGGUGGACUUGCACCCCCAGCUCUGCUUCAAGUUCUCUUUUGGAAACAGCAGCCACGUUGAAUGUCCCCACCAGACUGGGUUUCUCACCUGACACCCUUUUUCCCAUUCCCUGGCAGCCCCAUCCUGGACCGUGAGUAUGGACACUCAGGCCCAGCAGCUGAUCCUUCACUUCUCCACGAGGAUGCAUGCCACCUUCAGUGCUGCCUGGAGCCACCCAGACUUAGGGCAGGACAGCCUGGUGCCCCCUGUGUACAGCAUCAGCCAGACUCAGGUCUCAAGCCCAGUGACACUAGACCUCAUCAUUCCCUUCUUGAGACCAGGGGGCUGUGUCCUGGUAUGGAGGUCAGAUGUCCAGUUUGCCUGCAAGCACCUCUUGUGUCCUGAUGUUUCUCAUAGACACCUGGGACUAUUGAUCCUGGCACUGCUGGCCCUGGCCACCCUAUUGGGAGUUGUUCUGGUUCUUAUCCUCCGGCGCCCACUGUCAGGCCCUGGCCAACAGCAACCGGUGCUACUUCUGCACGUUGCAGAGUCAGAGGCGCAGCGGCGCCUGGUGGGAGCACUGGCUGAACUGCUACGGGCCACGUUGGGUGGCGGGCGCGAUGUGAUCGUGGACCUAUGGGAGGGGACACGCGUGGCGCGUGUGGGCCCGCUGCCCUGGCUGUGGGCAGCGCGGGCGCAGGUGCUGCGGGAACGAGGCACCGUGCUGCUGCUGUGGAGUAGUGCGUCUUCCAGCCCAGCCUGCAGCUCGGACACCCACACCGCGACCCUGCGCGCCCUGCUCCGCACCGCCCCACGCCCGCUUCUGCUGCUGGCUUACUUCAGUCGCCUCUGCGCCAAGGGCGACAUUCCCCAGGCCCUGCGCGCUCUGCCGCGCUACCGCCUGCUGCGCGAUCUGCCUCGCCUGCUGCGGGCGCUGGACUCCGGCUCUUCCACCCAAGCCGCCGGCUGGGGCCGCCUCCGCGCUCCGCAGUGCCUACGGAGUCAACUGGAACUGUGCCGCCGGCUGGAACGCGAGGCAGCCAGACUCGCCCACCAAGGCUGA